CGCGAGCGGGGCUGCGGGGCGGCCCGGGGUCGCUCCCGCUGUGGCGCGGCACGAGCCAGCCGUCACCUCCGUGAGGGGGCUGGGCUUGCAUCUCGUCGCCGUGCACUUUGCGAUCGCUGUGAGACCGACCUUUCGGUUGCGGAGGGAGAUGUUUUGUAGGGGCCCCUCCAGGCGUGCGGUGCGGUGCGAAGCGAAGCCACCGCCGGCGUUCCCCAGAGGAGCUGCUCCCGCACGGCCCGGCCCGGCCCGGCCGGCUCGCAGCUCCUGCGGAGAUACCUUGGGUUCGCGCUCUGCGAUCACAGAGGAGUCGCUGAAUGUCACGACAGCGGAUGAAGCAGGAAUCCCAGGUAUACUAGUUGGAGUUUCUGUAGAUGGAAAGGAGGUCUGGUCAGAAGGUUUGGGUUAUGCUGAUGUGGAGAAUCGUGUAGUAUGUAAGCCAGAGACGAUCAUGCGAAUUGCUAGUAUUAGCAAGUGUCUUACAAUGAUGGCUGUUGCUAAAUUGUGGGAAGAGGGGAAACUGGAUUUAGAUGCUCCAGUGCAGCAAUAUGUCCCUGAAUUUCCAGAAAAACUCUACGAGGGUGAAAAGGUGGCUAUUACUACAAGAUUGUUAGUUUCACACUUGAGUGGGAUUCGUCACUAUGAAAAAGAUUCUACAAAAGUAAAGGAAGAAAAGGAAAAGGCAAACAGAGCAUUUCAGCUAACAAAACCCUGUAAGGAUAAAGAACAAAAAGAAAAAGAUGGCAAAGGGAUUGAGAAGACUGAUUCUGUCAAACCAAGGAAAGAACACGAAGGUGAGGUGAAAAGCCGAAAUUCAAAACCUGGCAGGAGAGACAAGGAAUUUGAGCAAGAAGAGUAUUAUUUGAAGGAAAAAUUUGAAAGUGUGAUUGAAUCACUGAAGAUAUUUAAAAAUGAUCCUCUAUUCUUUAAACCAGGUAGUCAGUUCUUGUAUUCAACAUAUGGCUUUACUCUCUUAAGCGCUGUUGUGGAGAGAGUUUCAGGACAAAAAUUUACAGAUUAUAUGCUAAAAAUGUUUCGUGAUUUGGAUAUGCUAUCAACUGUACUAGAUGACAACGAAGCAAUGAUAUAUAACAGAGCAAGGUGUUAUGUUUACAACAAAAAGGGACGACUGGUAAAUGCACCAUAUGUGGACAAUUCUUACAAGUGGGCUGGUGGUGGCUUCCUGUCGUCAGUAGGUGACCUUCUGAAGUUUGGAAAUGCCUUGUUGUACAGUUACCAAGCCGGACAAUUUAAAAACACUAAUGGCAAACUUCUUCCUGGGUACCUCAAACCAGACACAGUUGCAAUGAUGUGGACCCCAGUGCCAAAAACAGAAGUAUCAUGGGACAGGGAUGGUAAAUACGCAAUGGGUUGGGCUGUAGUAGAGAAAAAACAACAAUAUGGUUGUUGCAGGCAGCAGAGACACUAUGCAUCUCAUACAGGUGGUGCAGUGGGGGCAAGUAGCGUCCUCUUAAUUCUUCCUGAAGAGCUGAACUCUGAAGCUACAGAUUCGGGGCUCAUUGCACCACCUAGAGGAGUAAUUGUUAGCAUUAUCUGUAAUAUGCAAUCAGUUUCACUCAACAGCACUGCCUUAAAGAUUGCAAGGGAGUUUGAUAAAGAAAAAUGGGCACAAUAUAUAGAAACAAAAGAGAUAACACACAACUGAACUCACUGUAGUGAAACAUGAAAAUGAAUGGAGAAGGGUGUAAUAAGACUCCACAGUCACUAACAAUAUGUGAAGAAAUAGCGUAACUUCUACUAGUGGUGCUAAACUUACAUGUAACUGGAACUCAUCUCUCAGGGAAGUUCCUGACUUACAGAAAAGGAGAAUGUAAUGGUCAAAUUUGACUUCCUGUAGUACUUGUCUUACCAUUAUACUAGUAAGUUUUUUUCUCAUCCAGUCAAGCACUUGACCAUGAUUUAAAAAACUAGCACUGGUUUCUUGCACUGAGAAGUACAACAAAUUAUCUACCUUAAACCUUUGAAAGAUUUCACGUCCUCUUUUGAGCACACAAGGACAUAAUUCAUUAUCCUCACAGUUCCAGUCUGCCAAAACUGUUCAGUAUUACUUUUUAAAGAAAAAGGGGCUUACUGUUGAUUUUUAUAUUUUCAUAUAGUGCUUUUCAUAUUUGCUUAAAAAGAAGAAAAAAAACCUAACCAAAACAAAACCCAAAUCUUGAAGCUACCUCCAGAAUGCAGAUUUAUAGUAGAAGUAAACUUUUGUCAGAGCUGUGGAUUUAAGAAUUAGGAAAGCAUGAAGAUAAUGUCAGUAAAAAUCUUUUUUUGCUAUUUAGAUGUCCUCUCUCUCCCAUUUUUAUUGGACACAGAGAAUGUGUGAAUCUAGUUUACUGAGAAAUAAGAGAAUUCUUUCAACAGUUGAAUAUCCCUAAAUGGGACAACAUACCAAGCUGUCAAACUGGCUCGCUGGUUUGAGUAAUACAUGUGCUAACUUUGGUAUCCAGAAAUGGCACUGUAUUCUGUAAUGUAGAUAUUCCUUUAGAUACAGGAAUUAGGAACUCAACUCAUAAUGUUUAAAGCCCAUUCUUGAAGCCAGUAGUAGAAGUCUCACAGAUUUGGAUAGGUUUUUUUUGAAAACCAUCUUUUUUUCCUUUUGGACAUCUGCUUCAAGGAGUUACUUUUGCAAAAGGUUGAACAAGAAAUUGUGAUAGAGUUCCAAAGAGGCAUUUUAUAAUCUUCAGCAAUAACGUCUGAAUAUGUUAAUUUUAUAUAUAUAUUCCAUAAUGGCAUGGAAGAUCUCCACGAUUGACCCCCACUCCCCUUCUCCUGCAGUUACAUCAGACAGCAUUUCCAGGCUGAGACAAAACGUUCAGGAAACGUUUGAAUACCUAACAUCCCUGCACUGCUUAGCAGCUCUGCUUCUCUGAAUUUAAGGAGCAAGGUGUCUGAGAUAACAGCUAGCAGAAGAUAGCCUUAACUGCCCUGUGAUGAAACAAUAGGCUGCCAUCUUUGUUCCUGGUAUAUCUAUGCUAGUGUGACCAGCAAACUAAGAAAUCUAGUAUUUUGAGCUGUCAGUGUUUUGCUAACACUUAUUUGAAGCUAGUAGGAAGCUAGUAGGACUGGUUAGUACUCCUUAGUUAUAACUCUUCUUGUGCCUUAAAACUGGGAGCUUACACCUUAAGUAUUUGCAUGUAAUUUCUGUCCCACUCACCAAAACUUCACUUUUUAAAUUUGUUAAUAAUGGGUUCUGUUUUAUCUCAAGAAUAUCAAAUCAGUAGAAACAACAGAGUCAGCCUUUCUGAACAAACAUACUUUUGGUCAGGCAAUAAAUUACCUACCCUUCCACUGAAGCCUUUGCUAUUGACAGUUCCAAUAUGGACGUACUGGAGGUGAGCAUCUUCUACAGCAGCAACAUUUUUUUUUCCAGUCUUGAGCACCUACUAUCUGGGUAAACAUGCACCAGCAGAAGUCAUUGCCCAUUUGCCAGGGAACAAAAGUAGUUCUGUGUUGUUUUCAUGUUGAAGAAUACAUGAAUAGCAAUAGACCAAGUACAAUGUCCUCCUUGCUAGGAGAGCACAGGGAAACUGACAAAGCCUUCACUUAGGAGAAGUGCUAUUAGUAACAAGUAAAAACAUCAGUGUUACCAACAUUAUUCUCACAGCACUGUACUGUACAGCUACUAGGAAGAGAAUUUAACUCUAUCCCAGCUUAAGUCAAGACAGUUCUUUAUCUCCUGUAACUUAAGUCUUAAAACACGUGACUUGUGCAGUACUGGAGAUGCAAUGAUCAUAGAAUCCUAGAAUCAUAGAAUGGUGUCUAAACUUCAGGUAGCUGGAGAAAAUGCACCACUUUCUCUGAUUUGGUAUUUACUUAAUCUUGAGUUCUUUUAGGGUGAAGGCAGAGAUAUGGGAGACUAGGAAUCAAUCUGGCCUUAGCACAUCUAUCUAUUCAGGUCACAGGUGAAUUAAUAUUGCUAUGUUGAUCUUUGUUCCGAAACCAGUUAUUUGAGACUGGCAUUAAGUGUGGGAAACUUUCAUGACAAACUUUCUCUUUAAUUAAUCUUUAUUGUGAAAACACUGUAUGGCACUGACACAAAAGUUUUUUUAAAAGGCACGUAUACUAAGGCAUCUAUUUCUGUAUCAAACACCUACUUUUGGUCUCUGAAUUAUAAGUGUUCAUUGUUUGCAUAACUGAAAUAAAUCUUAUAUUGGAAAUGCACUGAAUUCUAAUAUCAGGGUUUGUUGGGUUUGUGUUUGCUUUGGG